GAGAGAGAUAAAAGAUGAGAAGAAAUGUCUAACAGUAGCCUUGUGACGGUAUUCAUUCUCACGGGUCUUCCCCAUUCUCCAGUGCUGGAUGCCCCCCUCUUUGGAAUCUUCCUGGUGGUUUAUGUGCUCACUGUGCUGGGGAACCUCCUCAUCCUGCUGGUGAUCAGGGUGGAUUCUCACCUCCACACCCCCAUGUACUACUUCCUCACCAACCUGUCCUUCAUUGACAUGUGGUUCUCUACUGUCACGGUGCCCAAAAUGCUGAUGACCUUGGUGUUCCCAAGCGGCAGGGCUAUCUCCUUCCACAGCUGCGUGGCCCAGCUCUAUUUUUUUCACUUCCUGGGGAGCACUGAGUGUUUCCUCUACACGGUCAUGUCCUAUGAUCGCUACCUGGCCAUCAGUUACCCGCUCAGGUACACCAGCAUAAUGAGUGGGAGCACAUGUGCCCUCCUGGCCGCCAGCACUUGGCUCAGUGGCUCUCUGCACUCUGCUGUCCAGACCACAUUGACUUUCCAUUUACCCUACUGUGGACCUAACCAGAUACAGCACUAUUUGUGUGAUGCACCACCCAUCCUGAAACUGGCCUGUGCAGACACCUUGGCCAUCGAGAUUGUCAUUUUUGUGACUGUUGGAAUAGUGGGCUCAGGCUGCUUCCUCCUGAUAGCGCUGUCCUACGUGUUCAUCGUCUGUUCCAUCCUGCGGAUCCGCACUUCAGAAGGAAGACGCAGAGCCUUUCAGACCUGUGCCUCCCACUGUAUUGUGGUCCUUUGCUUCUUUGGCCCUGGUCUUUUCAUUUACCUGAGACCAGGCUCCAGGAAAGCUGUGGAUGGGGUUGUGGCUGUUUUCUACACUGUGCUGACACCGCUUCUCAACCCUGUUGUGUACACCCUGAGAAACAAGGAGGUGAAGAAAGCUGUGUUGAAACUGAGAGACAAAGUAGCAUAUUCUCAGAGUGAAUAAACACUAGAAAGUAGGUAUAACAGUUUGUGUAAAAAUAGUAAUAUAAUUUAUUCAUGUGAAAUCGAUUAUAUGUACAGCUCUUAGUUUUAAACGUACUUCCAAAACACCUGCACAGUUAUAAUUCUUUCACAGAUUGUCUAAGACAGUUUUAAUGUCACAGGUAGACUUAUAUUUAUGAUGAACAUGAUUAUAUUCUGAUUUAUUGACUCAUUUCUCAUCAAUAGGUUCAUAUUGUUUAAAAAUAUUUUCAUCAAAUCCCAGGGAUAGAUGGUUGAGUCAUUGGUGUUUAUAACUUGAUAAAAGCCUUUUGUGUUUCGUUUCAUUUCUCAUGCACACAAACUUAAGACUUUACCAUCAUGGAGACAUUGUU